UCGUGAUUUGAAAUGCAGAAUUUGCAAUAAAAUGCACCAUAAAAGCUAUCAAUGAAAAUCAGAAUAUACACAACAUCGUAAAAUGGAUAAAGUCAAGGAACGAGUUUGGAAAUGGCGUAUUUGACUGUGAUUGGCUUCAACGUUUUGUUACUAACACUCGGGAGCUCAGGAAAAAUCGAAUCUAAACCCAAACCUGAAUAUUCGGUGGUUGCUAAAGUUCUGCAAAAAUUUUUUGACACGUACAGUGCGUACAACAAUUAUCGCAUUCGCGCUGACGAUAACGGUACUACGACUAAAGAAACAGUUGACCAACUUAUAAAACGGAAAAUAGAUAGUCUCAAAACUUAUCUAGAAGACAAUAGCACGACCAACGAACAAGGCACUAAUAAAAAUAAAACAACUGAAGACAAUAACGUCACACUAGAAGGUGAUGAAGAAACGACUAUAAUAGAAUUUUUACCAACGGAAAAUGAUGAUGCUAAAAAAGCACUUAGAAUAAGGGAACAACAACCGGGUUUUAAAGACAACGUGCAAAGAUAUAAGAAGAUGAGAGAUCACAUAAAAAACAUACUGAUCCAAGAAUCUGUUUCGGUUAAAUCACAGAAAGUAGUUGUGAACACUUUAGAUAGUAUGUUAGCGUACAUGGUGCGCAGUCAGUGUCCAGCCAAUAAUGACAUAAACAGUGAUGUAUACAGAGAAACAAUACGAGCUGGUGGCAAAAUAGUUCCUCCGCAAAACAAAGAUUUGACCAAGGAUUGGACUAACAAGUGGAACGUAAUAAGACAAAAAUACAAUAAAGUAUGGAUGGAUCACUUCCCAAAACAUUCCAACCCAGCGAGAAAACUAUUCAUGUUCUUUGAGCAGAUUCAAGAUUUUCUGACUACAAUCAUCAACGACUCGGAAUACAUAAGCAAAAAUUAUAAAGUCGUGUGUAAACUAGUGAAGUACAACGAUCAGGAAGUGAUAAAUUUUAAUGAUAACAAUUUAUUGAAUUUUAGAUCAAACAAAAAACAGCACAAAUGUGCUGACUUUAAAGUGUGUUCUUACGAACUCGAGCACUUCAUGAGGCACUUCUACAGGAGACUGAAUGACACAGUAGAUCAUACAUUUCAGAAUUAUGCAGCUAUGUACACCUCCGACAUAACAUCAGAUGGUAGUGGUGAGAAAGAAAUUGUGAUUGCAGCGAUUAACAAAUCGGGUAGCACCGCAAAACAUAGAGCCAAAAAAAUAUUUAAAAACUUAACUUCUACAUUUGAAUUGGACAAAGAUAAAAAUCCAGAAGAAAACAUGAAAAGGUUAAAAGCUUAUGUAUACGAUGUUAUAGAUAAGAGUUUACAUACUAUAAAACAAUAUCUAAUGAAGAGCGAUAUGGAUGAUUCUAUAAAAGCAAGACUGAUCACAAAUUUGAAACAAGACUUGACUGCUAAUAUUGAUGUUGAUUUAGGAAAUCUAAAGUCGGAGGUGAAAAAGGAGAUAUGUAGAGAUUUCUCUUCGUGUAACGGCAAAAUGGUAAUACGGAAAUUAGAUCGCGAAAUUGUGUCAAGGAGAAAUAUGGGUUCGAUAGAUAAGAAUAAAGUCUACGUGAAACUACAAUUGACUUUGGACAAGGAUUUAAAAGAGAAAAUAGCUAAGGAUGGUAUCGAUUAUUUUGAUGGUUUCGUGAAGAAAGACAAAAACUUUGCUCGCGCUUCUUCGGCCAAGAUUGAAGUAACGCGAACUACGUUGAAACAACUUAGAACCACUCGUACUAUACCAUUUACUCCUAGUGGCAGUAGUAAGGAGUCUUCAUCUAAUGAGAAAAAUGAAAAGAAAUCAACUUACGCGCGACCAACUAGAAACACCAUUUCAAGUAAGGAAUCCUCAUCAAAUGAGAUAGUUUCGACUCAUAAGGUUAAAAGACCAAAAAAGAAGAAGGUCACUAACAAAGAGUCGUCAUCGAGUGAGACUACAACACAAAGUGAACGAUCAACACAUAAAAAUUCAAAGAAAAAAUCUAUAGAUAAUUUCGGCGUAACGCGUAUGGAUAGGGAUGGAAUUGUGUCUGAAAUUAGUGCGGAAAUAUAA